AUGGACACGGAGAAUAUCAUGAAAAUCUCUCCCGUCAGAAAAGAAUCCAAGAAACGCUCUCGUCAGGACGAGGACGAGCCGUUGAGUCCCAGAAGUGCAUCACUGAGACCUCCAAAACGGCCCGCUCUGGGACUUGACGUCCCGCUCAUCGGUCACGCCCCGCAAACCCUAUUCAGGGAUGUCGAAGAGCCACCAAAUGUCCCAAGAAUAUCUUCGUGGCGAUACAGUGACGAUUGGGUCAAUCGCACCGGUGGUCUUCGUCUCGACAGUCCCCUCCCGUCCAUCCCAAAUGCGGGUCUUUUGCUCUUGAACGAAGCAGAUUUUGCUAGUCUUCGCGGAGCUCCACCACAUCAAAUGCCAACACAAAACACCUAUCUGCCAACACCCACUGACUCGCCUCUCGCUACGGUUCAGUCCUUUGAGGGUUAUACGAGCAUUAAUCAAGGCUCAGAAAUGCCUCUCAAUGUGUCCUAUCCUCGGAAUGAUGUGCCACAGGAAGAAGAUGUGAUGAUGAUGUCCCCACAGGCUGAGCAAACCCGAGUCGAGAAAAAGAAACUUGUUCUCGGUUAUAGAGAGGGAUGUGAAAGCUGCCGUAGACGCGUUCCAGGACACUACAUGCACAUUAUUGCCGACUAA